AUGUACACAACACAGUAAGUUUUGAACGCCUCGUUUGUGUUUUUAAACUGGCAUCGUGCUGUGAUCGCGGGACUUUCAAAACUACGAAGUUUUGCUUUUAGUAGUAAUACAACAUACAGUUUUGCAGUCAACUUAAAAUAUUAAUUUUUUUUAUUUUAAAUUGUGUGUAUCUUUUAUUUUUCAGUAGAUACUAAAACAAUACUGUAUUUUGUUGUCUAAUUUACGUCCUACCACGCAAACGUUCAACUGCUAAAUUUGCGUGGCAUCCCGUUACUUUCGAUGAUUUUUAGAUAUUUUCGCUCGUUUUUUAUAUAAUUUUGUUAGUUCAAAUCAUUUUUAGCUUCUUAAAAUUAAAAGUACGUAUAUUGUUAAUAAUUCUUUCGAGAUUUUAAAUAUUUUACAUUGUAGUAUGUUUUUUGUUUCAGAUGGCCAAUAUUUUGAAGCUUUCAACUCGCUCUUCAGAUCUCUUGCAAGACAAGAACACUCGUCCCGCCAUUGACAAACACUUGGUCGAUGGCAAUCUCAUGAACAAGAUUGUUCAAACCCGAACUGAUGGAGCACCUCAACGAGGAGCUACUGGACCAGCUCACGAGCUUUUGGCCAAAAACAACAGGUUGGAUACUGUCGAAGGCAUGGUGAAUCAACGUCGUACUUUGGCUGGAACGGCACAGGCUGAACACUUUAUCAAGUAAGGGUCAUAAUUUGUGUUUUUAGUUUUAGGAAGUUGAUAAGAGAGCUAAAAGUAUCUUCAUUGAUAAAGUCAGAUUCUUCAUCUUGUUUUACAUAAGGAAAUACAUGUUUCUUUCGACAAAAAGUGACUUUUACUUGCCAAAGUUGCAGCAAAGUUUUCAGAAGCCCUAUUUUACGAAUAAAUAUUGAAAAUAUUACUUUAUCACUUCUAAUUUUAUUAUUUCUAGCGAACUCCAUUCGGCCAGCCAAAUCAACCGCGGUCCUCCUGGAUUCUCUACCGGAUCUCGCCUUCACUUUGACAUAUUGGCCGGCAGAGACGAUCGUAUCGGCUUCUCGGACUACUUGAACUUUGAAAGCAAAUUCAUGUAA